GUGAACGGGGCGAACUGUCACUUCCAUUCAGCCACUACAACACAAAUCCAAACCAUAGUGAUUUCUUCCUCGUCUCCUUUAUUUAAGUUCUCUUUUACUGUAUCUUCACGACUUGCUUGUUUUUCUUUUGGAGAGCCAGCACUCAGACACCCCAAAUCUGCGGUGCGCGCUCGGUUCAGCAUGCGUUUGGCGCACGGAGAGGACACUUGGCGAGCUUCGGCGCGGGGAUGAUGUUCAACUCAUCGGGUCUAGUAGAUAUCUUCCCAUUUACCCAUCAAGAGAUCGUGUCGGAAGUUUUCAAUGGUUCUUUACUGUUCUAUAACGUCUCGAUGGCCAUGUGGAACAAAUCCUGCGGGUUAGAACAAAUACCCGAUUUCACCACGCCGGAGAAAAUUGUCAUCGGGUUGAUGUUGGCUAUCAUCACCACCGUGACGGUAAUUGGAAAUACGCUGGUUGUGAUCGCAGUGUGCGUGGUUAAAAAGCUCAGACAGCCGUCCAACUAUUUGUUGGUGUCUCUCGCGGUGGCGGAUCUCUCCGUGGCGAUCGUGGUGAUGCCUUUCGUGAUCGUGACCGACCUCACGGGUGGAAAGUGGCUUUUUGGAGAGGUCUUCUGUAACAUCUUUAUCGGAAUGGAUGUGAUGUGCUGUACGGCGUCCAUCAUGACACUGUGCGUGAUCAGCGUGGACAGGUACCUUGGCAUCACCCGGCCUUUGACGUACCCCGCUCGCCAAAACGGCCAGCUGAUGGCGAAAAUGAUCUUCGGGGUGUGGCUCGUAUCCGCCUCCAUCACGCUGCCUCCAUUUUGCGGAUGGGCGAAAAACGUCAACACGGCCGGCGUCUGUCUGAUCAGCCAAGACUUCGGCUACACCAUCUACUCCACCGCCGUGGCCUUCUACAUCCCCAUGAUCGUAAUGCUCUUCAUGUACUACAAGAUCUUCAAGGCCGCCAGAAAGAGCGGCGCCAAGCAUCGGUUUACCGACUUUACCCGCCGGGAACGCCUGGAGACGGUAGCCAGCGAAGCCCUGAGGAUGCAGGGGCUCAAACCCCAACCGGGCGUCGCAGAGGAGUGCGCCGCUCUUUCUCGUCUGCUAAGUCGCGAGCGACAGAACAUCUCCAUCUUUAAGCGGGAGCAAAAGGCUGCCACGACCCUGGGCGUGAUAGUCGGGGUGUUCGGGAUUUGUUGGUUGCCGUUUUUUAUUCUGUCGACAGCCAGACCCUUUAUAUGCGGGGUCAAGUGUAGCUGCAUACCGAUUUGGUUGGAGAGGACGCUGCUAUGGUUCGGGUACGCCAACUCGCUGAUGAAUCCCUUCAUUUAUGCUUUCUUUAAUCGGGACCUGCGCUCCACGUACAGGGACCUGCUUCGUUGCCGAUAUCGAAACAUUAACCGCCGUCUGUCGGCUGUGGGAGUUCAUGAGGCAUUGAAAGUUUAAUAAUGCUGAGUGAAAGUGAUUUGGCCCAAAUCCGGGUGCAGUCAAAAGACACAUAAUUCAUAUGUGACUAACCAAGACUUUUAAAGGCAGUAAAGUGAAGAACAGUGUACAGGAUUGCGAUACACUAUACAAUGAAGAGUGGGAAUCAUUCCAGCAAGCAAUAGCCAUUAUUUCAGGUUAACUAUAGACUCGAUAUAGUCUGGCUAUAUGAGUAACCCACUUUAAUUUGGUUACAUGACCAAAUUUUGACCAACAUAACUUGGGAGAUGCAUGAUAUUCCAUCAUGUAACUAAAGUCAACAGUGAUUACAAGGUGUUCAUUUAUUUAUUUAUUUUAUGUAUUUUUGAGCAACAGUUUGACGUAUAUUUAAUUUUACUGACAGCCCAAACUUUUAUAUGUUUUAUCCUAAACGAAUGGACUGUGUUUAGACGGCAUUUAGACGUCUUUUAAAGGCAAAGUUGCUUGCUGGGAUGGAAAACAUGAUUAUGGACAAUGGGACCAGGGCUUCAUAUUUCUUCAGAACACUGAUAUAUUAGUUCCCUUAAAGUGUUUUUCAUAUCUUUAUAUGUUCUAGUUGUUUGAUUAGGGUUGGAGCUAAACUCUGCAGAGACACCGGACCUCCAGGACCAGGAUUGGUGACCCCUGUGUUACACCUAUAGAUGACACACACACUCCUAUCAUUAAUUAAAAAAUAAAAGAGUAAAUAAAUAAAAAAGCUUUUAUCUAUCAUAAUCUUAUGUUUCAGUAUCCCAAUUGUGACCCUAGACCACAAAACCAGUCAUAAAAAAAGGACAAUAGCUGUGUCCCAAUUUGAAGGCUGCGACAUUUUAAUGCUAAGUACACACCAAACACGGGGCAUCGCGUUACUCGCUCUAGAUUACUCGCAGGAUUUAACUUCGUGUCAUGCGAAUUUUUCGCUCGAGUUGAAUAUUUUCAACUUGGGCGAAGACGCGUUUGAGGCGAAUAGCGCCGCCCAUAUCACGUCAUUCGCAUCGCCCCAUGCAAGGACGCAUCUGAACGCGUCUUUGCAUUGACUUUGUAUUCAAUCUACUUGCGCAAAUUGUUGAACUCGCGUCUGGUGUGAACCCACAGUAAGGACACCACCUCAGAAGGUGAACAGUCUCCGAAGUCCCCGAAGAGAACUGAAAUGAGACGG